AUGCCCUCGCGCCGGGACCAACCCACGCCAUGGCAGCGGCUCCGCUCGCGCGUGUUCCGCGUGCAGGAGGUCAGCACGCUCUUCGCCAGCUCAGAUGCUGCUGUAGUAGACACGUGGCACUCGCCGCGAUCCCCGCAUCGUAGGUCGACGGUUAAGGACAGGGACAGUAGGACUGGGGAAGCGGAGAACGCGGAGUUGGCGGAAUGGGGUGGCGGGGGAGGCGGAGAAGCGACGCUGAAGCGGUCGCUGGGAUGGGCGGAUACGAUCUCGCUGGGGGUCGCCAGCAUCAUUGGCGCUGCACCUACGAUAUUUUCCACUUCCCACGACCCUAUGUACCUCUCGCUUUCUUCACACCCAACUUCCACAACUAUCCCCCGCUCGUCCGCUCCCGUUCCUCCUGCUAUUAUCACCUCCCCCUCACCAACACCCCCAUCUCGCCCCCUCCCCCCCCCUCCCCCCUUCCCCCCAACCCUUCCCCCUCACCCCCAUCCUUCCUCCCCUUUCCUUCUCCCCCGCACUACGAUCACAGGCGUGUUUGUCAUCACAGGGGUGGCGGCUCGAGACCACGCCGGCCCCUCUGUCAUCCUCUCCUACCUCCUCUCUGCCACGUCAGCACUCCUCUCCGCCCUCUGCUACACCGAGUUUGCCGUCCACCUGCCCGUAGCGGGCGGCGCCUUCUCGUACCUCAUGGUCACCCUAGGCGAGCUCCCAGCCUUUAUCACAGUAGCGAAUCUCCUUAUGGAGUACAUUCUCUCCAACGCCGCUGCUGCCCGCGGCCUCUCGGCCUACUUCGCAGGGUUCCUCGGGCAGGACCCGGAAUUUUUCCGGCUGCCCGUGCCAGCAUGGGGAAUCACCCUGGAUUUCGUUGCACUGGGGCUGAUCCUGUCCCUGUCCGUGCUGGUGGCAUACGGCACGCAGGAAUCCUCUUACUUCAACUUCCUUGCUUCCGGUCUCAGCAUGCUUGCCAUUGUCAUUAUCAUCGUCGCUGGCUUCACAGCAGGCAGCCUGGAAAACGUCACCACCUCCUUCGCUCCCUUCGGCCUGCAAGGCAUGCUGGACGCAGCAGCCCUCGUCUACUUCUGCUUCAUCGGCUUUGACGCGGUUACCACACUUGCAGAAGAAGUAGCAAAUCCGGCCGUCGAUCUCCCGAUAGGGAUCGUGGGAUCGGUGGCUGUGGUGGCUCUGAUCUACGGCUUCAUGGCGCUCUCGCUCUGCCUCCUCGUGCCCUACACUCAGAUCGACGCUGACGCUCCCUUCUCCUCCGCGUUGCGCCAGCUGGCAAGCUGGGGUUGGGCGGCAGGCGCGGUGGCAGCAGGGGCGCUGCUAGCCAUAGUGACUGCCGUGCUGGUGGGGCUGAUGGGACAGGCUCGGAUCGUGCUCGUGGUGGCUCGGGCCGAGCUUCUGCCAAAGAAAUUCGCAUCGGUGUCACCUGUGACGCGCACGCCUCUCUUUGCCACGGUUGUUCUCGGUGUGGCGACAGGUGUCAUAGCGCUACUGGUGGAUCUGGAGACACUGGCGAGCAUGGUGUCCAUCGGCACACUGCUCAUCUUCCUCAUGGUCGCCCUCGCCCUCCUCCUGCACCGCUACCACCCCCGCGUCACCCUGCCCUCCCCUCUCUGCCCCACCCCUGCCGCUGCCUGUGCUGCUGAUGGGGCUGCUGCGCACACAGCAGCAUCAGAAGGAGCAGGAGAGGAGAUAGGCACAGCAGAAUCGACAGCAGCAGGAGACGAUGGAGUGCCUUUGAUGGCAAACGAAUUUCACUCCCGGCCUUACAAGGCCAACCCAACUGCUGUGCUGUCUCCGCAAAAACAUCAAAUGCAAGCUGUGCAACAGCAGAGGGAGAACGGGCAAUUUACUGAGGGAAAGCCCAAUUCACGGCAAAGGCAAAGGCAGGGCGGUGGAGAGGGUAUGGGGGUGGUGCUGAUGCAUCUGGGUGUGAUGGUGGCGGGGGCAGCAGGCGCAGCAGUGGCGUUCAGAGUGCUCCCAGGCCACACUGCACCCGCACUGCUCUCCGCUGCCCUCUGGGCUGCUGCCACUGCCUCCCUUGCAUGGUGCAGGGAAGCGGAGGCAGUGCGGGUGUUCUCGGUGCCGCUGUGCCCGUGGCUGCCGUCCGCCUCCAUCCUCGUCAACACCAUGCUCCUCGCCUCCCUCGACACCUCCGCCUUCAUCCGCUUUAUAGUCUGGUCCGCUAUAGUCACAUUUGGGUAUGUCCUAAUGGUGCUUCUGUCGUGCGAGCCUAAUGGAGAGUAUCCAGGAAUAAAGGGAGAGCAUGGGGUUAUGUCGCCAACAUCAGCACUGUCACCUACUGCAGAGAGCAAUGCAGCUGAAGCUGCACACAUGAAUGGGCAUAUGGAUGGUUCAGAUGACACAGGGGAUGUGGAGUUGAUGCCUCUGGUUUCCCAUGGGCAAACAUGA